AUGAAACCACAACAGCGAAGCACCCGUGGCUGGAAAGCCUGUAGCCCAAAUCAACCACCCGCAAGAACAUCGAAGGUCACCAAACCGGAGGUCACCAAGCCCAAAGUUAACAAGAUAUCCAACCCGCACGGCCCCAGCAAGCUCAGUAUCGAGUACAUCGCCGAAGCGGAGCGGCCAGUCCAAACUAAAACACCACCAAGCUCAUCACCAAGGAGCAGUGAGCGCACCAUGUCACUUCACGACAGUGAAGCUACACUUUCGCCCGAGCCUCGCUCAGGGCAAAAUGGUCCAGAGACCUUCAGGAGUAGUCAGGACCUCGGGGUGUAUGAUGCUGCGCACGCACUCUUCAAUAUGAGGGGACCAUCUCAUCAGAGAGUGAAGAGGAUCGAGAUAGAGACUUCUCGUGGAGAAGUCGAGAUGCAGAGUCCCAGUGAGCGAGAAGCAGUUGCUGUGGAAGCUUUGGGCAGCUUGAAGUAUGCUGUGCCGACGAAUUCGGCGUGGGUGGCUGCUGCGUUCCGGCUGCUGCCCAGUCUGCCCUGCGUGAACAGGCGUUCCGUUGGCUGUGGGGCUUGA